UAUACGUCUCGGUCUCGUGAUUCUUACAAGUCUCCGAUUAUAUUAAUAGAGCGAGCAACCCCAAGAAGAAGAGAGCAACAAUGGAAAUAAUCAGCAACGAGAAGAAGAAACUCUCGAGACAAUCUUCUUCCUUCCGGCUACGAAGUCCCAGUCUAAACACUCUUCGUCUCCAGCGUAUCUUCGACCUAUUCGACAAAAACAACGACGGAUUCAUCACCGUCGAAGAACUGAGUCAAGCCCUCUCACGACUUGGGCUCAAUGCGGACAUCUCCGAGCUCAAACCAACCAUAGAAUCUUUCAUCAAACCGAACGAAACCGGACUCCGGUUCGACGGUUUCGAAGCACUUCACAAAACACUAGACGAAUCUUUCUUCGGAGGAGAAUGCGAGUGCGACGGGUCGCCGGAUUCAGAUCUGGAAGAAGCUUUCAACGUGUUUGAUGAAGAUGGUGAUGGGUUUAUAUCUCCCGUGGAACUUCAGAACGUUUUGAAGAAGUUGGGGCUUCCUGAAGCAGGAGAGAUUGAACACGUGGAGAAGAUGAUUGUCUCUGUUGAUAGCAAUCACGAUGGCCGCGUUGACUUUUUUGAGUUCAAGAAUAUGAUGCAAUCUGUUCUUGUCCCUUCCUCUUGAAUCUUCAGCUAAACUUUCUCGUUUGGUUUCUUUCCUUGAUUAAUGCUGAACAAUUUCAAGAUUAUUGUGUAUGUUUUUUCGUGUUUCUUCAUAAGAAUCCAAUUCAUGAUGUCUCUUUGA